CUUUACCUUGUUUGGCUACAUGCAUUUUUGGUUCCUAUGCCUCACGCUGGUGUGUGCUGGAGGCUUAGAUGUGGCACCUCAAUCGAUGGAUGCCUUCUCAGCACACAGGGGAUUGGCCUUUCAAAGCAUCCGCUUGACCAAUCCGUCAGCGUUUGAUGUCGCAGUGCAGCUCAGAAUCUCCAGGCCGAGGCCGAGGCCUUCGGUGAGAAGGCUGGGGAGUGUUCCAUCGCAUGGGCAGGAUUCGCAGAAAUGCGCCAGCCCAAGUAGGUUGCUAGCCCGUUUCCACAAAGUGGAAGGCGAUGUCGAUGGAGUUCUUCAUCGGAGGCUUCGGGAGGAGCUUCACAAUUCAUAUGCAUGGCAACAUCUGCCAAACCUGGACAUGGAGAUUUUAGACACCUGCGAUGGUCCGGCCAAAGUGCUGAGUGAGCUAACAGCGAAGUAUGGCUCCAUGCUCGAGUUUGCAGAGAUGGAUCAGUUUGUUUAUCCCAACAGCAUCCCUGACGAUCCUCAUUGGCCGAGACUCUGGGGUUUAGACAAGAUUCGAAUGCUGGAUGCCUGGUCGAGAUUGACCGAACUGGGUUUGGAUGGCGAAGAGACGGUGGUUGCCGUGAUCGACACUGGGGUACAGUUGGACCAUCCCGAUUUGAUGGAUUCCUUGUGGACUAAUCCUGGGGAAAUCCCGGACAAUGGAAUCGACGACGACGGGAAUGGCUUUAUUGAUGAUGUUCAUGGCUAUGACUUUGCAGGAGAAGAUGGGCAUCCAGACGAUGACAAUGGUCAUGGCACCCAUUGUGCUGGAAUUUUGGCUGCCACUGCGAACAAUGGAGUUGGCAUCGCUGGUGUGGCCAGCAGGCUUGCCAAGGUACGCAUCAUGGCUUUGCGGUUCCUGUCGGCAGACGGUACAGGUGGAACUGUGUCGGAUGCGGUGAGGGCGCUAGAAUAUGCCUUGUCCUUCGGCGUGCCAGUGUCUUCAAAUAGUUGGGGAGGUGCGGACACCUCUGAUGCUUUGAAGGUAGCCAUCCGGCGAGCCAGUGAGGCUGGACAUCUCUUUGUCGCACCUGCGGGCAACAGUGGGAGGAGCAUAUCAGACGGAACAUAUUAUCCUUGUGUCUACCGUCAGGCUGGAGUGUUGUGCGUGGCUGCCAGUGAUCAGUCCGACCAGCUGACUUCCUUCUCAAAUUAUGCACCAGAGUACGUGGAAAUUGCAGCGCCGGGAGUUGAUAUAUACAGCACGUACACUGGGUCUGGCUAUCGUUCCGAGUUUGGCACGUCAAUGGCUACCCCGUAUGUGGCUGGGGCAGCAUCCCUGGUGGUCAGUGCGUUUGGCUACAGCAGGACACAUGUCAGGCAGUUGUUGCUUGAUUCAGCGGUUCUGGCAGACAAUUUCAAGGGGAAGGUGGAUGGAGGCCGCUUGGAUGUCCUGAAGUUAAUCGAAAGAUCCGAGCCGGACUUUCUCUUUUGGUUUGACUCGGAAGGGGCCAGGACUGCAAUGGUGUCUGUAAUAGUUGCAGCCAACAGCUCCAAGUUGGUGGAGCUUCAGAUUGGAUCAGACAACAUUUUACCCGGCACUUAUGAAGCGGAAGUGCACACAAGCUGGCACGAUGGUGAGGAGACAAUCCCUGUGGUUUACACUGUUCAAGGCCAACCACUACUGCAUUUGGAGCAGCAUAGCCUCGAAUGGGCACAGGUGCCAAGCAAUGCCACUGCGAGCCAAUAUUUGAACAUUACCAACUCGGGCAAUGGGACUGGCCGAGUGCAGUUGCAGCGUCUUCCAUUUCCCUUUGAGGGUCCUGAGAACGAGAUAGUGGUUCCGCCCGAGGGUGCUGCUAGUGUAUCGAUUCAAUGCGCUCCCAACUUCACAGGCGAGUGGCUUGGGGAGGCGGCUUUCAAUACAAACAGUGGGCUCGAUGCGUGGAACUCAAGCCGGUCAACAUUGGAACUUGGAACUGUCCUGAAGGUGAGACUCAGAUGUAUCAGCAGGAAGCCACCUGAGCUUCAGAUGGAGCCAUUUUCCGGAGCUGCUGAGGUGUUGUCAGGAGGUCUCCUUCGUUACUUGCAGCCGGUGGUGCAUGCCGAGUGGGAGCCAUUCGUACCAGGGAAAGAGGUAGAGGCAAAUCUGGUGCUCCCAGAGGAGAACAACAGCGACUUGACAGAUUCUGGCUUGGGAUGCAGCAGGCACAACACAGACGUCUCUGGCUCAGUGCUUCUGAUUGGACGAGGGGAUUGCUACUUCUCCGUGAAGGCGCUGAUGGCACAGGAGGCCCAAGCGUUGGGGGUGCUUUUGUACAACAACCAGGACAAUGGUGCAUUGCCAAUGAUGGCCAUGCCGCGAGAUAGUGACAUCCCUGUGAUUCCGAUGUUUAUGGUGACGAAGGCAGAGGGUGAAGCUCUUCUUGCAAGGCUUCAGGAGGAAGCCCUUCGUGUAAAGCUGCGCUGGCAGACAGUCAGCGCUUACACACUUCCUUCAAGGUCGGACAGGGUCUCCAUCCAGAUUUCCAACACUGGGGUUGCCGACCUACGCUGGAACGCGCGGCCCAAGUUAUCCUUUGGCGCCCAUAGCUUCUAUGAGACUUACAUCUCUGGAGUGCAGAACUCCUCCAUGGCAGAGUUUUCUUGGACAGAGGUUGGUGAAGAUUUGAGCUUCUUCAGGGAGCACGGCCAAAAUGCAAGUCUGCAACUGCCCCUGCCUUUCAGCUUUUCCUUUUAUGGGCAGAUGUUUGAUAAGGUGUGGGUCACGUCCAAUGGCUUUUUGGCCUUCGAGAUCUUCGAGGGUGAAGCUCCACCUUUGCCGUUACCCUUCAUGGCUGGGAUCUCCAAGCCCAAUGGGAUAGUAGCAGGCUUUGGUUGGCCUUUAACGUGCCACGACUGCCGGAUCUCUUCGAUGGAAGACGGCACGUGUUUUGUGGUCCAGUAUGCCAACAUGUCAUUCGAUCACCCAACGCUUCCCAUGAGUGCCGGGUCGGAUGGUCUCUCUUUUGAGAUUCGGCUUUGCCAAGAUGGUCGAAUCAGCAUGAUGUAUGCCAAGUUUCCAGAGCCUGCAAGCGACUACCGUGAUGCUUUUAUUGGGCUUGAGACCAUCGAGGGGGAUGCCUUGAUGAACUUGCGCUCGCAGUUGCCCUUCGCCGAGCGGACUCCCUUCGCUGUAACUCUACAACCUUGGCUGCGCGCUGCUAGUGCAACGCAAGGAAGAUUGCUGCAGGGAGAGUCUGUAGAGCUUUUCUACGAUGUCCACAGCACUAUUGGGCACAGCGGCUUUAUCCAAGUCACAGCUCAAGAUCAAAGUGGCUUGUGGCACAGUCAAAGGGAUGUCCGGGUGAUGCAGGAGACAUUUACUUUUCGGAUGAUGGCAGGCGAAUGGGGAACUUGCGUGCUGGAGGAUUGCGAAAAUCUUAGCUCUGGAGUGAGGAGCAGACCUUUGGAAUGCCAUGGUGUGGAUGGUUAUGUCUACGACUUGGACACCUGUAACGGCCGGUCAGCCUUCUGUGCUGAUUCGGUGGCAGAAUGGAGAGACAAGGAUGGUGCACGUUGCCAAGAGUACGAAGGCAAGAGCUGGUGUGAUGCCGAUGGCUCCUAUGGGUCAGGAUGGAAGCAGAGCUGGGGUAAUUUCAGUGAUUUCAGCUUUGGCGGUUUGGACGUCUCGACAGUUUGCUGUGCAUGUGGAGGAGGGGUUCUCACAGCUGAGCCGGUCACCUUGGCACGAUGUGACGAAAAUUUGGCAGCCAUGGAUACGGACUGUGACGGUACCAUUGAUUGUCAGGAUGCCUGCCCUUUGGACCCCCAACCGGAGUGCACCUCCACCCAGACCGUCACAGGAGAGGGGACCAAUGAGUCGGACACGUCCGUGUCCACUACGGGAAGGAGCACGGGGGCGGGAUUUGCGGCGAAUGUGACGACCAACUACACAAAUGAGUCUUCCUGGACAAGCACGGCACCCCCUGCAUGUAUCAUUUUGCUGCCAUCGCCAACGAAUAUGUCGGGCGAAUCCACGGUGGUUGACUCAAUUGACUCGACCGGGGCCAGAGGUGUUCUUUGGCCUUCAAUCACAUCCUUUUUCCUCACCCUCAUCCUCGCGCAGUGAUAAACCCCGCCAGUCGGACACAUGCCUGGAUUGGCCAAUUAGGAAGUAGGACGUUUUCGGUUGUUGAGUGAGAGGCUGUUGAGCUGUUUAGGGGAGCUGGUGCCGGACAAGGCUCAUGGCCCUCUUGUCCUUUUUGGCCCUCAUUUCGUUCGUGGUAUGAAUUCGACUUCUGACUGGAGAGCAA